GCCGCGCGCCGCGACGUCUGGACCAGCGCCGGGCCGGUGCGCGCGCCUCCACGCCUCAGGUCUACUCGAGACAUUUCCUCCUGAGAUCCUGUCACAUCACACAGUCACAGGAGCCCGCAGAGAGUGAAGGAAUCCGCUACCGUGAAGCUUAGAUAGCUAAACAGGAGUUCCUUGUAAGGAGUGACCACUCGGCAGCUGGACGCCAUGUAGCAGACAGAGCAUGCCUCCGCCACCGCUGCUGCUGCUGCUGCCGCUCUCGUGGUGGCUGCUCGCGCCAGCAGGUGGGUGGGAGCCGCCGGUGCGGCACCACGGCUCGCGCCACCACCACGAGCACCAUUGGGGGCCGCGCUUCGAGCUGGAGGACGGCGGCGCCGCGCUGGGCCCCCGCGCCGUGGCCGUGCCACUGGGCGGGACCGCGCUGCUCGACUGCCGCGUCGCCAUGCUGCGCGACAAGACGGUGGCGUGGCUGCGGCUGCUGUCGGACCGCGUGAGCCUGCUGACGGUGGGCGACAGCGCCUACAGCGCCGACCCGCGGCUGUCGGUGCGCUUCCAGUACCCCAACAACUGGCGGCUGGCCAUCGAGCCGGUGCGGCGCCAGGACGAGGGCGCCUACCUGUGCGAGGUGGCCACGCACCCGCCGCGACUUCUCGCCGUCAACCUCACCGUCAUCGCGCCCGACCUGGAGAUCGUGGACGAGUCGGGCCGGUCGGCGCGCGAGCGCUACUACCAGACGGGCAGCGCCGUCGAGCUGUGGUGCCGGGUGCUGGGCGACACUCAGCCGCCGUCCCGGCGCACCAUCUGGACCAAGGACGGGCGGCCGCUGCCGCUGGGCGCCGCCGCCGAGGACAUCCCGGAGGGCGAGUCGCUGAGCCGGCUGCGGCUGCCGUUCGCCGACAAGAGCCACUCGGGAGAGUACACGUGCUCGCUGGGACACGGCUCCGACGCCAGCGUCCACGUCCACGUCCUCAACGGCGAGACGCAGGCGGCGGUGCACCACGAGACGUGGAGCGCUGCGAGGCGCCCCCUGCAGCCGGGGGCGGCGUCGCUGCUGCUAUCCGGCGCCGUCGCGGCGGCCGCCGCCCGCCCCCGCAUCAGCUGA